AUGAAUGAUAAGAUCCCUGUGGAUGAGAAGUUAAAAGAAAGAGGUCAUGUUAUCCCAUUCAUUUGUAGUCUUUGUAUGACUGCUGAAGAGUCCUCUUUUCACUUAUUUUUUGAAUGCUCCUAUGCAGUUCAUCUUUGGUGUUGGUUGGCUUCUAUUCUCAACCAAUCCCUUCAUUUCUUAGCUUUAGAGGAAAUUUGGAGUUUGAGUGCGAGAGGUUGGUCACCUCAAUUCACAUUAGCUAUCACUUCUACAGUUAUUAAUAUUCUCUCUGCUAUUUGGAAUGCUAGAAAUACUUAUAGAUUCAAAAACAGGAAGAUUCAUUGGGAAAGUGUCAUAUCUCAAAUCAUUGUUAAUGUUUCUUUGUCUGCAAGUAAUUCUAAGUUGUCAGCUAGUUCUGGCAUUAGAGAAUUCUCUAUCCUAAAGGCUUUUAAUGUUUCAAUUCACCCUCUAAAGUUGCUUAUAGUGAAGGAAGUCAUCUCGAGUCCCCCAAUUUCAGGAUGGAUUAAAGGUAACUGUGAUGGAGCAUUUGCUGCAGGGAAGGCUGCAUGUGGAGCAAUUUUUAGAAACUCUAAGGGUCAAUUCAUGGGAUGCUUUGCAGAAGGUCUGAACAAUGGUAACUCUUUCUGUGCUUAG